AUGGCGGAUCACAGAAGAAUUUUGGAGGUGACUUGUUCCCCUUUAUGCUUCUUGGAAAACCAGGUACUUAGGGUAGGAAGAAAACUUGGGGGUCUGUGGAGUCAACGAGAGUUCUCAAAGGACUUGGAAGAGGGUCUGACUGGGCCCCUUUUCCAGGACUGGGUGUUCCUGACGAGAUUUUGCUUUCUCUCGGAUUAUGGACGCCUGGACUUUCGUUUCCGAUACCCUGAGGCCAAGUGCUGUCAGAACAUACUCCUCUAUUUCGACGACCCAUCCCAGUGGCCAGCCGUGUACAAAGCAGGGGACAAGGACUGCUUGGCCAAGGAGUCAGUGAUCAGGCCUGAGAACAACCAGGUCAUCAACCUCACCACCCAGUAUGCUUGGUCAGGCUGUCAGGUGGUGUCAGAGGAGGGAACCCGCUAUCUGAGCUGCUCCAGUGGCCGCAGCUUCCGCUCGGUGCGUGAAAGGUGGUGGUACAUCGCACUCAGCAAGUGUGGGGGAGAUGGGCUGCAGCUGGAAUAUGAGAUGGUCCUCACCAAUGGCAAGUCCUUCUGGACGAGGCAUUUCUCAGCUGAUGAGUUUGGGAUCCUGGAGACGGAUGUGACUUUCCUCCUCAUCUUCAUCCUCAUCUUCUUCCUUUCCUGUUACUUUGGAUAUUUGCUGAAAGGUCGUCAGUUGCUCCACACGACUUAUAAAAUGUUCAUGGCUGCAGCAGGAGUGGAGGUCCUGAGCCUCCUGUUUUUCUGCAUCUACUGGGGCCAGUAUGCCACCGAUGGCAUUGGCAACGAGAGUCUGAAGAUCUUGGCCAAGCUGCUCUUCUCCUCCAGCUUCCUCAUCUUACACUCGAUGCUCAUCCUUCUGGGGAAGGGAUUCACGGUGACACGGGGCCGCAUCAGCCACUCAGGCUCUGUGAAGCUGUCUGUGUACAUGACCCUGUACACCCUCACCCACGUGGUGCUGCUCAUCUAUGAGGCCGAGUUCUUUGACCCGGGCCAGGUACUGUAUACGUAUGAGUCACCGGCGGGCUACGGGCUCAUCGGGCUGCAGGUGGCGGCUUACGUGUGGUUCUGCUAUGCUGUGCUCGUCUCUUUGCGUCACUUCCCAGAGAAACAGCCCUUUUACGUGCCCUUCUUUGCUGCCUACACCCUCUGGUUCUUUGCAGUUCCUGUCAUGGCCCUGAUCGCCAACUUUGGGAUCCCCAAGUGGGCGCGAGAGAAGAUUGUCAAUGGCAUCCAGCUGGGGAUCCAUUUGUAUGCCCAUGGCGUGUUCCUGAUCAUGACACGCCCGUCGGCGGCCAACAAGAACUUCCCGUAUCACGUGCGCACAUCGCAGAUCGCCUCGGCCGGGGUCCCGGUGCCCGGAGGGAGCGAAUCCGCGGAUAAGGCCUUCCCGCAGCACGUCUAUGGGAACGUGACGUUCAUCAGCGACUCGGUGCCCAACUUCACGGAGCUCUUCUCCAUCCCCCCGCCCGCCUCCUCCCCCCUGCCCAGAGCUGCGCCGGAUUCUGGGCUUCCGCUGUUCCGUGACCUCCGGCCCCCUGGCCCCCUCCGAGACCUCUGACCCCGCCGGACCCCAGAACACUAGUGACGAUCGCCGGGACCCUGCCCGUGGCGCUCCAGGACUCCGCGACCCCGAGCCACCGCUCCCGGGACGGAUAUUGUGACGUUGGUCUCGACUCUGAAACCUUCCCUUGGAUCUCUGUGACCUCGGACCCGUGCUCUGUCCACCCCCAUCUCCGGCCCGGUGACCCUCCCUCAGGUCCCCGGCAGAAAGACUUUUUUUUCCUUCUUGCCAAAAUAAAGAGGAGUCGUCAGUUUUUAUCUAUAAGAUGGCUUCUUUUACAUCUUGAUGGUGCUCAGAGACAAGGCUGAGCAAGAACCGUUCCGGGACCUCAGUGUGUCCAUCUAUGAAAUAGCGUUUUGGGAGAGGCCUGUAAAACCUGACCUUUACGUUGACGCAGAAUCUCGGAGCACUAAAGAUAUGAAUCAACUGGCCCUCUUACUACACUGUUCCUUUAUUUUUACCUUCUCUUCCCCAGUCAGAGGUAGAGGCGCCCUCCAGUGGCACAUGCUUUUCUCAGCCACCUGCACCCCGAGUUUGGGUUAGGAUUUAGCAUUGCGCAUGUGCAUGUUCUC